ACACCCUCUCUUCUUAAAUGCUACCUAGAGUACGACUUUGCAAGUUAUCAGGGUUUUUCUUUCGCAUGGAACAGGAGGAGAACAAGCGGCCAUUGCUCGCGGCGUCCUUCGCUCCAGGCCACGAGCCGCGAGUUCCAGUGUGGACGGGAGAAUUCCCAUGCUCGGAAUUGGAAGCCCAAGUCACCGGAUCUGAGAUACGAGCCGCCGCUGCGCACGAUCCUUAUCCGGCUUGGAUCAAUGCUUGUGUGGUCACUCCGGAUAGCUCCAUCCAAGGCGCUCACGAUCCUGGCUAUGGAGACGAACAAGCAGCUUCUUCUACCCACGAGAACUCGAGUGUCCAGAGCUUGCAAGAGGAUGAGAUUCGCGACUUACUCAUCGAUCACGUCCACCACCAUUGCUGCUGGGGGAAGCGGCCAGCGUGGUCGUGGAAGAUCAGCAAGGUGGAAGACUGUAAUGCCUACGUUGGAACUCUGGAAACUUUCAUCGAGGAGAGAGACCUAGUGGAGGAGUGUGUUCCAUACGAUGGUCGAAUCAUAGACGAGGGUGGCCGAGCUCCCGGACCUUGGGAACUCGACACUCGUUCACACUUUCCACCACUCUUCGUGAGCUCCAAAGAGGCUUUGAUCAAGGUGCCACACUCGGAAAGUGUGGAGCAAUGCACAGGUUGCUUGGGACAGGGAGAUAUCGCUUGUCAUGUUUGCACCAUAUACGAUGAUUCCGGAAAUCUCCAGCAAAGGAAAAAGUUUACGUGCUCGAGAUGCAAUGGCCGGGGCCUCAUUGCUCACUUGGAUGGCUCCGACAGCAGCUGCAAGGAAUGCAAGGGAAGCGGCAAAGUUUACUGCCCGAGAUGCCACUCUCGCGGUUUGCUGGCAUGCGAGCACUGCAAGUCAGCCGGAUCAUUCGUCUCAUCCAUGAGCGUUCGCGUUAAAUGGAGGACACUGCUGAGCAGGAAAGUGAUCGCGUCCAGCCACGCCGCCUCCGUCCCGGACGACGUUUUCCAGCGAGCCAAAGGCGUGGAGCUCUACUGCCACGAAUCACAGCAAUGCCAGGCAGCAGAUUUCCAGGACUCGGCACUGCUCAGCCGCUUCUCGCAGGAGAUCAUCCGGGAGCGAGCUACAGUCCCCCCGGCGGCGCGAGUCGUGAGCGAGAGGCACCGCAUCACGGUGGUUCCCGUGACCAGAGUGUUGAUGAGCGACGGCAAGAGAAGGUGGUUUAAGUUCUAUAUCGUCGGGCUCAAGAAGGAGGUCUAUCUCAAGAACUAUCCACAAAAGUGCUGCUGCCAGUGUUGCCAUAGCUGCACAAUCAUGUAAGUAAUUUGUCUCUUGAUAAACUCAUUGUCGUUAUGCUAUAGAACUUGGCAAUGACCGAUGCCAUCCUAAGAAAAGAGUAUGUUAUCAGGGAUUUUCUUCU